CCUGAUGGUGUGGUGCAUAUUUUCCGGAAAGGGGGUUGGACGACCCCGACUGCCAGCGGAGCAGCCAGAACAUACGCACGGUGCUUGGGUUCCUGUUUUGAUGCGCUCCUGUUGGUGUAAUGCGGCUGAGCGGGGUCACGACAGAUUGCGUAAGUUCUCUCGGUCGAUCGCCGGCGUCCCCAUCCGUGUGACGGCCCGCUCGCGCUCCGAGCCGCGGCGGGAAUGGAGCGAGGCGACGGGGGCGAGGACGAGAGCGGCUCGUGCCAACAGAACACCAUGUGGAAACAAUUCCAAGCCAAAGCCAAGCCGCUGCUCAGCCCGAAGCCGGGCGCCAGGGAGCCCGAGGACAAGAAGGAGCGGGGCGCGUGGAUGUUCAAGAAGAUGAAGCGGAGGGAGGACGCCGCCCUGGACCGGGUGAUCUCCUCCUCGCAGCCCGACCUGCUCUUCUCCCCGCGGGUGGAUCGCGCAGACGCGAGCGACGCGCAGCUCCUCUGCGCCAAAGCGGCGGCGGCGGGCGGCCCCGGACUCGGGCGCGAGAGGAUGCAGUCGUCCUCCAAGAGCAAGCCUCCCUGCCCGAGCAAACCCACAGUGGCCCGGCUGGUGCAGUCCCACCACAAGAGCUCCUCUCUGGGGUCCGCGUGCCUGGAGAAGCUGGCCGACCGGCCGGGCAGCGGCGGCGGCGGCGGCGGCGGCGCGCAGGGCGAGGAGGAAACGCAGAUGGAGAGCAGGGAUGCGCUGCCGGGUAUGGCUGCUUCAAGCUCCUCAGGGGCCAACCCUGAGCGAUCUGCCCCCAGCUCAGGGAUGUACAAGCUGGAGAUUGAACUCAAGAGGGGCCACAAUCUGGCCGUACGGGACAGAGGAGGCAGCAGUGAUCCAUAUGUCAAGAUCAGACUGGCUAAUAAGGAUGUGUUUAGAAGCAAAACCAUCCACAAAAACCUCAACCCUGUGUGGGAUGAGAAGACGACUGUAAUAAUGGAUAGUCUGAGUGAACCUUUGAAUAUCAAGGUAUUUGACUAUGACUUCGGCUUACAAGACGACUUCAUGGGUUCUGCUUACCUCUACCUGGAGUCUCUGGAGCAGCACAGGACGAUACCUGUAACUCUAGUGCUGAAGGACCCGCAGUACCCUUGUGAGGACCUGGGCUCCCUGGAACUCGCCGUCACCCUGACGCCUAAAGACAGUCCCAUAGAGGAGCGACGAGACUCAACGCAGAAGGAGGUAAAGAUGUAUCUGUGGAAGCCGUAUGUGAACAAAACCAUGCUGCUCAGGAGGUCCUGGAAACGAUCCACCAAGCAGCAGCAGUCAAUGCGUCUCUCGGAGAUGCAUCGGAAAUCCCAGCUCUGGCGAGGGAUUGUGAACAUCGCGCUGAUCGAAGGUCGGAACCUGACGCCUAUGGACCCCAACGGCCUGAGCGACCCGUAUGUCAAGUUCAGACUGGGGCAUCAGAAGUACAGGAGCAAGACUGUGCAAAAGACCCUGAGUCCACAGUGGAGGGAGCAGUUCGACCUGCACCUGUUUGAGGAGACAGGAGGAGUGUUGGAGAUCACAGUGUGGGACAAAGACACCGGCAAGAGAGAUGACUUCAUCGGGCGCUGCCAGCUGGCCCUCUCUGCUCUGGCCAAAGAGCAGACCCAUCGCCUGGAGCUACCGCUGGAGGAGUCCCGGGGCUUCGUGGUGCUGCUGGUCACGCUCACCGCCUCGGCCCACGUCUCCAUAGCUGACCUGUCCGUCACGCCGCUGGACGACCCGCAGGAACGCGCGGAGAUACUCAAACGAUACGGCGCGACGAAGUCGUUCUCUAACGUGAGAGAUGUGGGUAUAGUGCAGGUCAAGGUGACGAGAGCAGAAGGCCUCAUGGCGGCAGAUGUAACUGGUAAGAGCGACCCUUUCUGUGUGCUGGAGCUGAACAACGACAGACUACAGACACACACUGUUUACAAGAACCUCAGUCCAGAGUGGAACAAAGUCUUCACCUUUAACGUGAAAGACAUCCACUCGGUGCUGGAGGUGACAGUGUUCGACGAGGACAGAGACCGGAGCGCUGACUUCCUGGGAAAAGUCGCCAUCCCCUUAUUACAUAUCCGUAACGGGGAGCAGAAGAGCUACACGUUAAAGAACAAGGAGCUGACGGGUCCGACCAAAGGAGUCAUCUACCUAGAGAUCGAUGUCGUCUACAACACCGUCAAAGCUGCUCUGAGGACUGUGGUCCCCGCAGAACAGAAAUAUAUCGAGGAAGAGCCAAAAGUCUCCAAACAGUUGCUCCAGCAGAAUUUUAACCGUGUGAAGAAGUGCGUCAUGGUCCUGAUCAGCUACGGGACGUACAUCAACAGCUGCUUCGAGUGGGAGUCUGCACAGAGGAGCAUCGUCUCCUUUGUGCUGUUUGUGGUGGUGGUGUGGAACUUCGAGCUCUACAUGCUGCCGCUGGCAUUGCUGCUGCUGCUGGCGUGGAACUACGUCUUCUCCUCAAGCAGGGACACGGCUGACGUGUCAACGGACGCCACGUUCGAAUGGGAGGAUGAAGAGGAGGAUAAAGAGGAAAAGGAAUCGGAGCCCAAGGGCUUCAUGGAUAAACUGUACGCCAUCCAGGAUGUGUUCGUCAGCGUGCAGAGUGCCCUGGACGAGGCAGCGUCUUACGGAGAGAGGAUAAAGAACACCAUCAACUGGACAGUGCCUUUUCUGAGCUGGUUGGCGAUCACUGCCUUAUGUGUGGCCACCGUUCUCCUCUACCUCGUACCUCUUCGAUACAUUGUCCUGGCGUGGGGUGUGAACAAAUUCACCAAGAAGCUUCGUAAUCCGUUCAUGAUCGAUAACAACGAGCUUCUCGACUUUCUGUCCAGAGUGCCUUCCGAUGUUCAAGUGAUGCAGUAUCGUGAGCUGAAGGUCGACCCUGGACAAAGCCCCAACAAACGCAGAAGGACCAACCCAAGCUAACUGUCACCUCUACGUGUCAUUAGUCCUCUCUGCCCCCCUGUAAACAAUGUAAAAAAAUGUUACUUAUAUAUAUUUCUUUUAUAUUUUGAUUAUGAAAAGUGUUGAGCUGUUUUUUGUUUUGUUUUGUGACUCUGGAAAGACACCAAUUUAUUUUUCUGAAUCUUGUAGAGAUGCUUGUGAGAAAACAAAACUCUUUUUUUUUUUAACUGCCGUUGGUUUUCUUGUGGCAACAGAACACAUAGUAUAAACCUGAAGUUUUGUGUGGUAAUAAUGUAUGUUACAGAUGUGCAUGCAUGAGGGAAUGCUGCUGUUGCAUGGAAUCAAUGCAUCAGUGGUUUGAGUUUUUUUUACGCUUUUUUAUGUCAAUAUAUUGUCCAGUGCUACGUUCAAAAUAGAGCUGCAUGUCUUUACUGCCACUGUUAUCCAUGUAUGUGACUAUAUACAUGUAGACACUCGGGGAACAACACCUCAUAUGAAACACAAGGCCUGAGUUGGUCAAAUCCACAGGACAACUUUUCAUGUAUUUGCUGGCUAAAAAAUAAUAAAUACUACCAGCAGGAUCCAGUCUGAGAAAUAAGUGCUACCUUUGGCUAUUUACACCAAACACUGUAACAUCAUUUUUAUUUAGUUAAAGGGACAUUCCAUUCUUUUUUUCUCCAGUUUGGGAGUGGUACACGUACUUCAAAAUUGUAUUUCCAUUUGCGACUUCUUUAUAGUUUUACUACAGUACAUCUCAGAGGCAGAUUCAUAUUAAUAGCACAAAAUGUAAUCAACCAAUAAAUGAUUAUGUAUUGCUAUUGUUUUUUAUUUUUGAUAUGAGUUAAGAUUACUUUACUAUCUUUUACCAGCUAAAACACUAAAGUGAUUCUUACACAUCAAUAGUUCUAAUACAUUAUUCUAAAAUCGGCCAUUCUGCAUAAUAAAUACUUUUACUUUUGCUACUGUAAGUAUAUUUUCCAGAUAAUACCGUUUCAUUACACUUCACAGCUUUUACUCGUAACCAAGUAUUUCUACUCUAUGAUAUUGCCCCUUUACUUAAGUGAAUUAUAUGAGUUUUUCUUCCAUCAUGGCUGAAACCAGAUUACUGUUCACAUACAAAGCACAAUGUGUCUAAAAAGGGGACCGUGGCUCAUACAGGAUGAAUGUCAUCCGCAUUCUUUGACACUUGUUGACAUUUGCGUUUCAUUGCCUGUGUUCAGCAGGUAUAAGCCGAAUUUCAAAAAAGCAAAUCUAGAGCUGCGUUUCCACCGCAGGGUGGCUCACUUUAUAUGUAGCCGUCUGUUUUUCAUACAACAACAGGUCGAUUUGUAUAAUCUCCCCGAGUCUUCAGACCACGUUGGAAACAUAGCUAGUCUGAAGGAACCUUUAAGAACCUGGGACUAAAAGUUCAUGUCGAAAUAAAAACAAAUACAAUCGAUCCAGUUAUUAAAUGCAAACUGUUAAAUACCUGUAGUUUUAACAUGUAAAUAGCAAAUACAUACAUGAAAAAGAAAUACAUACAUAUGACUAUUUAUGUGACGUUGCUCUACAUGACUUUGUUUAAUUUUUUUUUUUUUUAAAGAUUAACUUGUUUAUUCAUUCAGAUACUGUAUUUUUCCAAGAAACUGCUUCAAGAUAAAGAACUGAGUUUGUUUAACCUUGGAUGUUGGCUUGUCAGUCAGCAUACAACAUAAAAGUCAGUUUAUGUUUAGUUUCUCUUCUGUCCUUCUUUUCUUUGGGCCAAAUGUUGGUGUGACGAGUACAGAGCAGUCAAGUGCAUCAAUGUAUCAGUUUACUUCACAUGUGGAGGGUUUAGGGAUGUGAUCUCCUGCAUGUCGGUGUACGCUUUCAUUUUCACGUGUGUCAAGUGUUUCUGCAUGACCAAAAAUGGAAUUAUAUGCAAGUGCAUUCAUGAAUGUUGAAUGUGAAGUGCAUCUAAUAUGUGUGUGUUGUUUGUGCGUGACGCCCAGAUCCACCUGAGCUCCAGGUGCGGAGAGAGGAAGCUUUUGUUACAUCCUAUAUGCUGUUUCCUCUCUCCACCGUAACUCCUGUCAUUUUGCACUGUGUAUGUUUACAAUGGGUAUUUGCUGCUGUUGAGAAAUUACUGCGACUGUAAUGAAGGACCAGCUGUAGCAACUGUGUAGCGUUUAUCUGAUAAAAUAUAUUUCUACACAUUCA